AUGUCGACCCUCAUGUGUGUUUUCCUAUGUCUGACUUUACCGGUUGUCCACGGGAGUAUCACUUCCGUCAUGGGCCGACUGUCGGAUAGAAUUUUCUUUGAUCAGAACACACGGGACACUCCUGGUCAUCCACCUUUUUCCUGGUCUCACGAUAAAGGUCUGUAUGGCUCCGAUGUCAAACUUAACUUCCAUGGAGAGCCGGAUAUGGCGCUUAUAAGGGAGGCGUUCUCGAUUUAUGACAAUAACAUGUUCGCCACGGCGUGGAUUACGGCGUGCCUGUUGGAGACCACUCUUUACGGAAGGGGCCCCAUGUCAAUCCCCGCUAUGAUUGAUUCUGCUGUGUAUGCUAUUGGUAACUUUCACAACCGGAACUACAACUUCACCAACUCCAUCAUGACCUUCUGGCCCCAAAUAUACAACUACACAACUCGGACAUACCAGAGUACCCCGUCAAACUUAUUGGAGUUGUUCCAACUCGCGGACACCGCCCCCGUUAAAUUAAUAGAAGAUUUGAUGAAGAUAUUUGGAUUGAAGGAUAUGGAACAAGUCGUGGAACGUCUAAUCGCGGAAAAGGACAUAUUUGCUCGUGCUUUCCACAUUCCUCCCGAUUUUGACGACACUUUUGUAAACCUUGGCUUAGGGGCCCUGCUCAGACUAGCGGAGGAAUUAUAUCCUCAAUCCUGGAAACGAUGGCAGACACAAAACUCCAAUGUGACGUCAGCAUUGCAUGCACUCCGAAAGUACGCCUAUAGACCGUCCUCAGCUAAUCCGGAUGUGAACACAAUCGACCCGAGAACCUAUUUCUACAUGAGGUCUUUCCUUAACAAAUAUCAUGACGAGGAUCUCGCAUUGGUCCCCACCUGGGUUCAGAACACACGGGAGGCUAUGCAGAACGACAAGAAAGGUGUGUCAAUGCCUUUCUCUGUCAAUAAUGUUGACGUCACUGUGGCCGCUAACACCAUUUACGGUCUGACCGCUGGAAUCCUAUCGAAUAUCAUUGACGGCGUGGAGUUUGAUGCUGACUUACAGAAAAUCUACCUGAAUACGUCGUCACUUAUUGCCGAGGAACUGACACACAACUUUUCCUCCAGGCCUGACCUGGCUCUUACAUAUUAUCCGUCCCCACACGAGUGUUAUUGGUUCGUGGCUCGAACCCUCUCGUUAAUGCAAAGAUAUCUCUUUAACAGCAAUGAGACAGAUACACUUCCGUUUCCGGUGAUGACGGAGGUCAAACUCAUGUUUGAGACUGCUCUCAGAACGGAAGUCACUCCAGUAAUUCUCAAGGAUGCCAAAGACGACUUUGAAGGUCGGAUAUACUGGGACAAUUUCCUGGGGGACGGGGACAUCAAGUCCGACAAUUCCACUGAGAUUCGUGCCGAGGACAGAAUUUUCACUACUGCCAUGGCGGUCAACACUCUGCUGGACGUGUGGACAGUGUACAACCAGUCAACGUUCCAGCUGGAAUGGCUACCAGGCGUAACUCCGAACCUAAACGACACAGUCCGGAGGGGAGUGGCGUGGCUUACUGACUUCUCUCUUAGCGCUACAUACAAACCUUGGAACACGUUCUUCUCCGGGUCUGGCAAGGGUCUUAAGAGUAUGCCAUUUUGGUAUCCUGCCAACAGGAUCGAAUUCAUGAACGGGACUGCCGUAAACUCGUCUGUCAUACCGCAUGGUGUCACUUUCCUCCUGGGAAUGUCCGGUUAUGUGUCCGAUGAAAAAUACGACGCAAUGUUAAAGAUGCCACAUUUCGGAAAGAUGACUCCAACAGAAUUUGAUGGUUACAAUGAUCCCACACAACCUCAAAGCUUUUUCCCAUUCUGGUCGUCAAAUUCAUAUACAUAUGCUGCAACACUCAUGGCUCUCUCUAAAUAUACCAAUAUCAAACAAUGAUUAACCAAACCGUUUGAAACAUUAAACAUUGUUUUGUUAUUAUG